AUGCCGCUCUCCAACCGCCGUCGCGCGCGGCGCAAGGAAAUUCAGCUGCAGGAAACUUCGGACGCGGAGGCGCCGGAUUCAUCCCCGACGCGGCCGUCGAACAAGAAGCGCAAGAUGGACCACCGUGCCUCCCCCCAUCCUCGCUCCAUCAAACCCGAAUCUGCCGACGAAGCAGAUGAUUCAUCCCCGGAACAGGAACUGUCGGAAAACCAGGACUUGGUGGAUAUGGUGAUCUCGUACCUGGAGCCCGCUCGGGAAGAGGUACGCGUGCUGCGCGACCACUCCAACGCGAAAACCGAGAACAACCAGAGCAUCCGCGCCUACGCCAAGAUCGCCGGCCGCAACUGGACCUACUACGUGAAAACCCUCCAUGUCAACAUCGGUCGCGAGCCCGACCGCGAACAGAAGUUAGAUGAACAGUCGAGCCCCGUAACGAUCGCCGCCCGCGCCCUACCCGAGGUCAAUGUGGAUUUGGGACCGAGCAAGUUUGUGUCGCGCCUGCACGCCGAGAUCUUUUACGACGGCGAGGAGACAGCGUCUUGGCACAUCCGCGUCAACGGGCGCAACGGCGUACGUCUGAACAAUGUGAUCCUCAAGCGCGGCACCGAUGCAAUUCUUUCAUGUGGUGAUAUUAUCGAGAUUGCCAAUACCCAGAUGAUGUUCGUCACACCCGGAGAUAAGGCCAAUAUUCAUCCCAGCUUUAUAGAGCGCGCCCAGCGUCUCGCCAACGGGGAUGAGGAUCCAGGUACCUGGGAUGCCUCCCAGCACGCUCAUCCCCAGCCCUCCUCGACGGCUGACACAGCCCCGGCCACGGCCGGCCCCCCAUCGCUGGCACCCGCACCGCAGUUCCUCAAGCGCCAGGUGACGCCACCGCCGCGGUCGCCCGACACGGUAGGCGCGCGUACGGCCAAGCAGUCGCCGCUGUAUAACCGCGGUAUGAUGAUGGAAAGUACGGAAGAGAUUGAUUACAGCAAGGACGCCGCCAAGGACUUGAAGCCGCCCUACAGUUAUGCGACGCUGAUUGCCCAGGCCAUCUUCUCGAGCGAGGAGGAGAAGCUUACGCUGAACAGCAUCUACAACUGGAUCAUGGACAAAUACGCCUUCUACCGCCAUUCCCAGAGCGGCUGGCAGAAUUCCAUCCGUCACAAUCUUUCCUUGAACAAAGCAUUCCAAAAGGUCCCCCGGCGGACGGACGAACCUGGCAAAGGCAUGAAAUGGCAGAUCGCCCCGGAGUAUCGCGAGGAGUACUGGAAGAAGCAGCUGCGCAAGGGUACGCAGUCAUCCGCGCCGUCGUCACCGGCCACCAGGGAUCCGGCCACGCGGGGAGCCAAUGGCAUGGAGGCAGUGUUCUCGGCCACCAAGAAGUCCCCGCCCGUAUCUUCACCAGGAUUCAGCUCAUUCCCCGUGGCGCCCGUGGAGGCAUACACCCCGGAACGAGGGUCCCGUGCCACCCGAAAUGGUGCCGUAGGUGCCCCGCUGCGACCUCCACACACGCGCGACUACGAGGAGCCAUCUCCGCUCCCCACCCGGUCGGCGACGAAGAAUACCAGCAACGGCACCAGUUUGAGCCGGGCCUACGGACUAUCCGACAACGCAGCAGGGUCACCCCCUGUGCUGUCAUCGUCGUACUACGAUGACGGACCGUCGUCAAUGAUCACUCCGGCGCCGCAGCGUCAGCAGCCGCGCCUGCCACCGCCCAGCACGGCGCAAAUUCCGUCCAAGUUCAUGCCGAUGAGUUCGCCGGCACAGUUCUGGAAGUUCGCGGACAUUGGCAGCACGCCUGCGCGGCCCGUGCCCGACAUGAGUCCGCUGAAGGGCGACCCCGGCGACGGGCUGGGCAGUAUCCCCAGCAGCAGUCCGCCGCCACCGAACCUGGCGAGUCCCAGCAAGCCCGGAACGGCCAACGGGCUGACGACGGGACGGUUGCCGCCCCGCCGAGAGCCAGAGACGACCGAGCGAGCGGACGACGAGGAGGACGACGAGGGGAGUGGAUUUGACCUGGCGAGGGGCUUCCAAACGAUUGGCUCGUAUCACCGGCAGCUGAGCAACGCGGCGCGCACGAGUGCGGCGACGUCGUGA